CGUUGUGCACGACGGACGCAGCGGUGUACUGUUGGUGUGCACGUGGGUGUGGGGAGAAAAGUGUUGUGACAGGCCGUGCACACGUCGAAGGGUCCGUGCACACAGUGUUUUGAGUGUCACCAAGAGGCGGAGUUAGCGGCAGGCUCUGAGCGACCAGGUGGCGAGUGCACAGCGCUAGAGUCAGUCCCUCGCUCCGCGCCACCUGGCCAACUCCACCUUCGCCUCGAGUACAAGUCUCUCUCUCUACUCCACCUUCCGCCACUUCGGUGUGUUUUGAUCCAAGGAUAAUCGCGCGCUCGAGUCGGAGAGCUUACAGUGGUGUGACCCCCAAGGGAGCCUGUGAUGUGAGGCAGUGACACGGCCUUGCUAUGAGCAGUGUUGGUGACCGAGUGAGUGUUUCACGCCACGAGCGACAGUGACAUUGGUCGGGAAUGUGACGAGCACACGGGAGUGACAAUCGACGCACCUCUCGCCUUUCGUCCUCAAACAUGUUGGGCGUCGAGUCCAAACCCAAUGACACAGACAGAUUCAAAUCGGAUAGCCAUGAGAAAGCGCUGGAGAAGCUGGGUUUCCGGGGCGUGUUCGGCGGCGGUUUGGGCGGAGCGCUGGGCGGCCUGGGUGCCAGCCUGGGCGCCGCGCUGUCCAUGAGCACCGGCGACCGAGGCAGCGUGGGCGUGGGCGGCGCCGUGGGCCUGAGGGACGCCACCGUGACCUCGGGCGUGGGCGUGGGGCUCGGCGACGUGCGGCUGGGGCGUGAGAAGGAGGGCGGCCUGGAGCUGGUGAAGCCGUCGCUCGUCCUCGACAUCGCCUCGCUCAUCCUGUACGGGUGCCAGGCGCUGCCCAUCCGCCUCAAGAUCCUCCUCGACCGCCUCUUCUCGGUCCUCACCCACGAGGACGUCCUCCAGGUGCUGCACGGCUUCGGCUGGACCUACGAGGACUACGCGCGGGGAUACAAGUUGCAGCCGACUGUCAAUCCCGAGAGAUGA